UGGUGGAACAGAGUCCUAUUAAAAUCAUUGCUGGGCUUGCUUAUCCACUGUCGGAUCAUAACCAGCAGAAUGGCAUUCUCCCACUAUGGCUUCAUUCUGAAACCUGGGAUAUCUUGUUUGAAGGACAAAUCGGUGUGCCUUAUCUAAAGAUGAAUAACCCUAUGAAAGAGGAGGAGGAAAAAGUACUCAAUGAUGAACUAGAGUGCAAAAUCUGUUAUCAGAAAUUUAAUGUUCACAGUCGCAAACCCAAAAUCCUGGACUGCCUUCAUAGGAUAUGUGCUAAAUGCCUGACCAAAAUCCUCCACAUUGGAGAUGGUUCCCUUUGUAUUAGUUGUCCUUUCUGCCGUCAUGGGACCGAGCUUCAGGAAGAAGAAGUGGAAGGUCUCCCUGAUGAUACAAACAUUAUGUCCAAACUCAUGUCAAGAGACAAAACAGCAUGGAGUUCAGACUGCAAAGAAGUUGUCUUGACACCAAAGAAUCUGGCUUCUUCAAGUCCUUCUCAGGGGUCAUCAAACUGCUUGGUGAUAACUAUCAUGGAAGUACAGAGAGACUCCACAAGGACUCCAAGCCAAAACACCCUGUCAGAUUAUUAUACAGAUCACAGUCUUGAUUCAGUCUCUGUAACCACUCACAGCCAACUAGACCAAGAUAUUCUCUCUAAACUCUGUAAGCACGUCCCCAGAAUACUAGUCUGGCUGCUUGGAUUUUUCUACUUUGGGUCUUUGCCGCUUGGAAUCUAUUUAUUGGUGAUUCAGAAAGUGACCCUUGGAAUUGUCUGUGUCAGCCUUGUUCCCUCCAGUUUAACAGUGUGUUUGGUAUAUGGUUUCUGUCAAUGCCUCUGCCAGGGCAUGUGUGACUGUUCCUCUAGAAGCUGACUUUGAAAAAACGACGAAUAAAUUUUGCAUAUCAGAACUUAGAGGCCUUUUGAAAUUAUGGACUAUUAAAAGCCUUCAGUACGGUUUGUAAAAUGUGAUCUCAUGCAUAAAUCGAGGGCAGGUUUUGGGGCCAAACUUAUGGAUUUUGGUAUGACCCGUGGAUAAGUCAAGGGUAAAACUUUGAUGUUCUUCAGGUCCAUAAUGGCUCUUCAGCGUUUCCCUGGCAGUGAGCAGCAAGGAAGCACCAAAGAGCCAUUUUUUCCUUAGAGUGGGGUUAAACAGUCACAGGCACCCUCUGCUCUUUCAAUCCUGCCAAGAAACCUACUUUUACAGUUGUCUCUCCCCAGAAUGGAAGCUCUUUACUGCUGGACCAUCCACAGCGCUGGACUAGGGAAA